UUGAUUAUUUGGUCCCGAUUUUGAUUUAUAUUUACAAAAGCAAGAUAAAUCAUAUUCAUAAUUAAUUUAAAAUGUACUUACUGCGAUGGACAUUCAAGCUUUUCGUUGCCACUGGAUACUUUUUAUCACCGAAAGUCAAAUCUCCCACAAAACGAUUUCUCUACAAUGUAUACACCGCCGUCGUGACAUUAUUUUUAUUAAGUUUCUUGCUCACGUUAAUUAUGCAAAUCGUUUUCAACGUGAAAACUGCGGAUGAACUCAGUAAAAAUUUCGGUAUAACCAUCACGGUAUUCACCACCAUUUGUAAGUUUAUCAACUUACUAUUCCGACGAGGAAUUAUCAUAAGUUUAUUGGAUUUGUUGCAAAAGGAACCCUUCUUGCCGAUGAACAUAGAAGAAAUAAAAAUUCACACGAAAUACAACAAGUUAAUCGAGAAAGUGAGUAUUUUUUAUACAUUACAAAACAUAUCCUGUCUAGUCGCUUUGAUUGGCGCCACAUUAAUCACCGAUUUCAAGAAGAAAAAAUUAACAUUCGAGGCUUGGAUACCUUUCAAUUAUACUGCCUCGUGGUUUUUGUUCUCUUUAACUUUUAUUCAUCAGUGUGCGUGCGCGAUAGUCACUUCUUUUGGUAUCAGUAUCUUCGAUACCCUAUUCGCCGGCCUCCUACUUCAAAUAUGUUGUCAAUUGGACACGCUUGUACACCGAUUGCAAAAUAUCAAAGAAGACGCGAUUCGAUCGUUGAAAUAUUGCGCGCGUCAACACGAAUUGAUAUACAGAUUCACCGAAUUGAUGAAUAAAUUGUUCAGUUCAAUAUUGUGUUUGCAAUUUUUGAUUAGCGCUGUCGCAAUAUGCUUUAGCGUUUAUCGGGUAAUAUAUACGAAAACAGAUUCACAAUUUGCUGGAGCGAUAAUAUUUGUUUUUUCCGCAUUAAUUCAAAUCUUUUACUUUUGCUGGCACGGGGAUAUAGCAAAAUACAAGAGCCUUGAGAUUCCCGACAUGAUAUUUAAUAGCAAUUGGCCGAAUUUGAACAACGACGCUAAGAAAAUUCUCUUGAUAAUCAUGGCACGUUCAUUGACGCCUGUCGAGAUCGUCAGCGCUCACAUUAUACCCCUUAACCUGGAAUCUUUCAAGGGUUUGAUAAAAGCUACUUACUCGGCGUAUAAUAUGCUGCAACAGACUAAGUAGAAUUUAUGUGGUUAACGUUAGUGGCAACGUUUUCUUCUGUUCCUUUGUGGUCCAUGGAAUAAUAAUGAUAAAAGAGAAGGAAAACAAGCUAUUCGAAUAAAUAAAUUAUGUAGCUUUCAGAUGUAAUAAAUUUAUUAUAAAUUUAA